AUGGCGUCCUGCUCUGACGAUGUCCGCCACAUGACGGACAAAAGCUCAGCAAGGAUCCGUCGGGGUCGCAGGGCGGUGCUCCAAGGACCUAUUCGCACAAAUCUACAACCACAGCUUCAAGGUACCCCCUCCCCCACAGCCUCCGGUGGAACCAACUUACGAAUCCCUUCAACUCGACUCUUCAAACAAAAUGAAAGCUGGCCAGCAAUCGCCUAUGCCGUUCAAACGCAGCAAAACGAGUCUGGGCCACGUGCCAUAAACGGAAAAGUGGCUAUAGGCUUCGUCCUCGCGUCGUGGACCGACGUUUAG